CUGGAGCACUUCCUAGUGAGAUCAACGCCCUGUGCUCAGGAGAGGGGAGGCCAGGGACCCUGCUCUUCACCAUUCUACUCCCACCAGCCAACUCCCCUGUCACAAGGUUGCUACCUCAUUGUCACCGUUCUGCUGGGGUUUCCAUGAAGCUCAUGCCCCUCAGGCCCAGCAGGGAGCUUGACCAAUCUUCCCAGGCUUCAGCGAACUUUGCCCAGACCUAUUGAUCUGCACUCCUGGGCAGGCAGUGGGACCAUCGACAGACGCCAUGAGGGCUCUGCUGCUCCUGGGGUCCCUACUGGUGAGCCUGGAUUUGACACUUCCGGCUCCACCAUGGAAAGGCCCCAAGGAAUUCAAGCACGGAGCUGAUGAGCCUACGGUGGUUCUCACGGCCCAUGGGAAGCUCUGCCACUUCCCCUUUCAGUACCACCGUCGUCUGUACCACAAAUGCAUCCACAAGGGCAGGCCAGGCUCCCGGCCCUGGUGUGCUAUCACUCCCAACUUUGACCAGGACCAGCAGUGGGGAUACUGCUCGGAGCCCAAGAAAGUGAAAGACCACUGCAGCAAACACAACCCCUGCCACAAAGGAGGGACAUGUGUGAACACCCCCAGUGGCCCACACUGUCUCUGCCCAGAACACCUCACUGGGAAGCACUGUCAGAGAGAGAAGUGCUUCGAGCCUCAGCUUCUCCAGUUCUUCCACGAGAAUGAGAUGUGGUUUAGAACUGGGCCAGAAGGUGUGGCCCGGUGCCAGUGCAAGCCCCCUGAGGCUCACUGCAAGCCGCUGGCCAUCCAGGCCUGCAGUGCUGACAUAUGCUUCAACGGGGGCAGCUGCUUCCAGGUGGAGGGCCACCAGCUGUGCCAUUGCCCUGCGGGCUACACCGGACCUUACUGCAACUUAGACACUAAGGCGACCUGCUACGAUGGCAGGGGACUCAGCUAUCGGGGCAAGGCUGGAACCGCUUUAUCGGGUGCGCCAUGUCAGCAGUGGUCCACGGAGGCCACCUACCGGAACAUGACUAAGAAACAAGCGCUAAGCUGGGGCCUGGGCCACCAUGCAUUCUGCCGAAACCCGGAUAAUGACACGCGUCCAUGGUGCUUCGUCUGGAGCGGCGACAGGCUGAGCUGGGACUAUUGCGACCUAGAGCAGUGCCAGACCCCAACCCAGCAUAACCAGAGCUGCGAGCGGUGCCAGACGCUGGCCGUGCGCUCCUACCGCCUUCACGAGGGCUACUCCUCCGUCACCUACCAGCACGACCUGGCUCUGCUGCGCCUGCAGGAAAGCGAAAACAACAGCUGCGCGAUCCCCUCGCCUCACAUCCAGCCUGUGUGCUUACCCAGCGGGGCAGCCCCACCCUCGGAGACAGUGCUCUGCGAGGUGGCCGGCUGGGGUCACCAGUUCGAGGGGGCGGAGGAAUACGCCAGCUUCCUGCAGGAGGCGCAGGUACCCUUCAUCUCCCAGGAGCGCUGCUCCAGCGCUGACGUGCACGGGGACGCCAUCCUGCCUGGAAUGCUUUGCGCUGGCUUCCUGGAAGGAGGCACCGACGCCUGCCAGGGUGACUCUGGGGGUCCUCUUGUGUGUGAAGAAGGAGCUGAAGAGCACCGUCUCACCCUGCGAGGUAUCAUCAGCUGGGGCUCCGGCUGUGGUGACCGCAACAAGCCAGGAGUCUACACUGACGUAGCCAAUUACCUGGCUUGGAUCCAGGAGCAUACUGCUUCAUAACUAAUGAGGGUUAGUCUUCCCCUCACUGUGCUCCCUGGAGUGUGAGGGUGACUAUGGCGUGAUGGCCACAGUGAAGAUA